AUGCCGUUCUACAAGAGGAGCGUGGAGGCGCGGCGGGGCUCGGCGGUGCCCCUGUCCGAGCUGCGGGACGUCUGCAGCCGGGCGGCCCUCACCCUCCUCCGGCAGCUCGCCGACCUCUGCGGACAUUCGCUCGCCCUCCUGGGAGACAUCGAGUGUCACGUCGUGGCCCUUGGCCGCCGCACCGGGCGGCUACACCGCCGGGCCGCCCGGCUCCAGGCCCUGCUACGGGGACGACCGCUGCAGCAGGAAGAGGAGGAGGCAGAGCUGGCCACCUCUAACCUGGACUUGGAGAGCAAGAAACCCACCCAUGCCAAGCUGUCAUGGCAGCAGCCAGUGAAUGUCUUCCUCACAGCCGGGCGCCCGCCGGGCAUGGAGCAACUGCACCAGGAGGCUCAGCACAACCUCCAGAGCUUACUGCAAGAGGAAUAUGAGGAGCAGUACACUGAGAGCAGAGUCACCGGGCAGACCUUCCGUGGCACCGGUCACCCGUCCCCAGACACCCCCCCCGAGCCAUCACCCCGACCCCCUCCUGCCAAGCGCCUCGAGUUUGUGCUUAUGCCCCCGAGCCAGCGAGACACCGAAGAGGAGACCACAGGCACGACAACGCUGGGUCCAGGGUCACCAGACACCCCCCUGAGCCUCCCCACCAGCCCGGACAAGCAGCCAGCCUGGCCCAGGGCCUUCCCCCUGCCAACAGUGGAAGAGAAGCAGUGGCACCAGUCCUGCUCCAUCCAAGCCAACAUCGUCCCCAUCAAUGUCUCGGGGCAGCACUUUGCCAGGCUGGCGAGUGGCCGUCACUCCCUCUUUAACACGGAGAGCGCCAUCAACCCCAAGGCCACCCUGCGCCGCAGACGGACCGUGAUCGGCUUCCCCAACUUGGCCCUGCGAGACCCAGGCAGUGCCAACGGCCCCACAGUCACCUCACACACGCCCAUCUCUGAGUCCCUCUCCUGCAGCUUCGUGCCCGAGACCACAAGCGGGGUGAAGGCUCCCCAGGAGGUCAGCUCCCGCCCGCCCCUCUCUGCCCCGCUGAGGAAGACUUUCAGCGACCUUGGUGCCCGCUGCUGCCAGCCACCCACCACCAUGGACACCGCAGCCACCCCCUGCGCUGGCACCUGCAAUGGGCCACAGGGCACUCCGUUCCCCCCACCAUGGAGCGCUCUGGGCUAUGUGAGCCCCCCCAGCCCUGCCACCAGCGAGGGCAAGGGGCCCAUCUGCACCUCCCCAGGUGGCUCCAGCCCAUCGCCCGGCCCGGGCUCACCCACCACCACCUCCUUCUUCAUCUCUAUGGAGGAGCGUGGGGGCAGCAAUGGGCCCAGCUCCUUCUCGGGCACGGUGCCCGAGUCCCCUUCCAGCUCCGGGCUUGGCCAGAGGUGCGAGGGCCGUGAAUCCAAGGGGAGCCUCAUGCCGGGAAGCCCAGAGGAGCCAGAGCCGGCAGAGCCAUCACGGCUUGGGGUGGAGCGGGCAGGGUGCCGGUUCCGUGAGCGCUCGCUCUCAGUGCCCACUGACUCGGGGUCCCUCUGCUCCAUGGACAUCGCCUAUGCUGAGACCCGGCGGGGCAGCGCCAACUACGCCCUGGGCUACCCCAGCGCCAGCUCCGAGGGCAGCACCAGCACUGACAACAUCUCACUUGGGCUGGAGCCAGAGGGGCAGCGCCGGCGGCGCUCCAAGAGCAUCUCCCUUAAGAAGGCGAAGAAGAAGCCCUCGCCGCCCACACGCAGCGUCUCCCUCAUCAAAGAGGGGCCAGAUGCCACCGUGGGGCCCAGCUUGGUACUGCCCAAGGAUCAGCGCCCCAAGAGCCUGUGCAUCGCGCCGGAGCUGCAGGGCCACCGACUGGUGCACUCUGACCCGCAGGGCGAUGUAGCCAGGGAGCCUGAGGGCACAGCUGCACCACACCAGUGGCACCUGGCAGACUGGAAGGCCACCGAUCCCUACCGGUCCCUCUCCAGCUCGAGCACAGCCACAGGGACCACAGCCAUCGAGUGUGCCAAGGCUCGGGGCAGCUCUGAGUCCCUCACAUCCCCCUCCACCUCCAGGACCACGACACCCUCCCAGCUUUCCACCGAGGCAGACCUCAAGACCUCAUCCCCCGGCAGGCCCACGGGGCUGAUGUCCCCAUCCAGCGGCUACUCCAGUCAGUCAGAGACCCCCACCCCCACCGUCCCCACCUCUGCCAUCCUUGGGCACUCACCGCACCAGGUGCGGGUGAGGCCGCUGGUCCCCGAGAGGAAGUCCUCGCUGCCACCCACAUCCCCCAUGGAGAGGAGCCCCAAGUCCAGGCUGUCCUUCGACCUGCCACUCACGCCCCCGGCUCACCUCGACCUCUCAGGGCUGAAGAUCUCCCUGAAGGGGAAGACCAAGGUCAGCCGGCACCACUCUGACUCCACCUUUGGCACCAAGCUGGCGCAGAAGGCCAGCCCCAUCACGCCCCUCAUGCCAGUGGUCACUCAGUCUGACCUGCGCUCUGUCCGCCUGCGCUCCAUCAGCCGCUCGGAGCCGGAGGACAACACCGAUGGCCCAGAGCACGCCGAGGAACCACCGCAAGCUCCCUGCCCGGCGCCAGAGAGGAAAGUGAAGCCACCCGUGGCCGAGAAGCCACCGCUGGCCAAGCGGCCCCCAAGCAUCCUGCCCAAGCCCGCAGUGCUGAGGGAGGAGGGUCCCCUGUCCCCCACGUCCCCAACAGGUGCCACAACUAAGGAGAAGAGGUCACCACAUGAAGGCUUUGUGGUGCUGCGGAAAGGGGAGCUGAGGAGAGGUCUGGGGGAACCCCAGGCCCCGCUGGGAUACCGUCGGCUCUCUCAGGGCAGCCUGGAGGAUGAGCUGCAGACAGAGCGGAGGGGUGCUGGCAGGGGAGAGCGGAGGAAGGCCAAGGUGCCACCACCGGUGCCCAAAAAGCCCAGCGUGCUCUACCUGCCUCUUGCCCUGGCCCCAGCACAGCUGGGAGCCAGCCUGGGGGAUCAGCCACCCACUCCCAGCCCUAUCAUCACACUGGAUGCCGACCCCAGCUGCUGUGACCCCGAUGCCGAGGAGCCAUCAUCCCCUGCAGCCCUGGGCACAACACAAGCUGCUGACCCCACCUCAGAGCAAGGCAGCUCCGCAGAGGCUAGCACAGAGGAGAAGAGUUUCGCCAGUGCCAAGACAGCCGACUCCAUCGCGGAGGAGGACGAUGAUGUGUUUGUGACGUCCCGCACCACUGAAGACCUCUUUACCGUGAUCCACAGGUCAAAGAGGAAGGUCUUGGGGAGGAAGGAGCCUGGUGACACCUUUAGCAGCCGACCCAACUCCCACUCACCUGUAAAGACUUCGGGGUCCCCGACCAGCGAGUCCCCGGCACCGGUGGGCAGCGCCGGGAAGUCUUCCAGCAGGAACGAAGACUUCAAAGCCCUGCUCCAGAAGAAGGGCAGCAAAGCCAGCCCCGGGACCCGGCCGUCUGCCGCCGAACUGCUCAAGACCACAAACCCCCUGGCUCGGAGGGUGAUCACCGAGUUCGCCCCCGAGCUGGACAGUGCCAACAGCCCCAAAAGCCAGCCCUGACCUCACACGGUCCCAGCCAGCUGUG